AGAGCGCCAUCUAAAGUUCGAAGUACGCACUGCACUGGUCCGCUGCCCAUCCUGCUUUUCUACCCUGAAAUACAGCUUUAAAAUGGCUGAACUACAAAUAACUGAAGAAGAGGCUGAAUUAUAUGACAGACAAAUCCGUCUAUGGGGCUUUGACGCCCAAAAAAGGUUGAGAGCUAGUAGUCUUCUACUGGUAGGUCUUGGUGGUCUAGGCGCUGAGGUCUGCAAAAAUAUCGUACUAGUUGGAGUUAAGUCUAUCACUCUAAUGGACUCACACAGUGUGACCAGGAAUGAUGCAAGCUCUCAAUUCUUGGCUGCCAGGGAAGACUUGGGCAAAAAAAUAGCCACAGCUUCCGUCCAGAGAGCCCAGAACCUCAAUCCCAAUGUUGUUGUCACAUCUGAUGAAGGGAAUGUCUGUGACAAACCUCAAGAGUUCUUCAAGCAGUUUGACAUUGUAUGUGUGACCUCCUCCAGUGUACAGACCAUGAUGCAUGUCAAUCAGAUAUGUCACGAGAAUGAUAUCAAGUUCUUUGCUGGAGACAUAUAUGGCUUCUAUGGUUUCUCAUUCACAGACCUCAAUGAACACAGUUUUGUGGAAGAAAAACCAAAGAAAGUAAAAGGAAGCAGCGCAACAGGCAGUGAAUCCAAGAAACUUAAGGCUGAUCCAACAGAGACCGUAUUUGUUAAGAAAACAAUGAUCUUUCACCGACUAAAGGAAUGCUUUGACAAAGACUGGUCAAGUCUGACAGAAAAACAACUCAAAAGAGCUCCUUAUGUCUUCUUUAUUCUUAGAGUGCUUUUUAAAUUCCAUGAUCAGUUUGGUAGAAAGCCUGAAGCAGCAAGCUCAGAGAAUGACAGCACAGAGCUACAAAGAUUACAUAAUGAAGUCUUCACUGAGCUAGGACUAAAGAAUGAUCUAAUAGACACCAAUUACACUGAAUACUGUGCAGGAGAACUAGGACCAACAUGUGCUAUUGUAGGUGGAAUCAUUGGACAAGAAAUAAUCAAGGCUGCCUCUGGUCGAGAUGCCCCACUUGACAACUUCUUUCUUUAUGAUGGAGUAGACAGCCUUGGAAUGGUGGACUGCAUUAUAAGGUCAUAAAAGGUCAUGACCCUUGACCCUCAUGGAGAUGCUGAACUGAACAAUAUAUUUCUGUAUAACAGAGUUGACCAGCCUUGGAAUGGUGGACUGCAUUAUAAGGUCAUAAAAGGUCAUGACCCAUGACCCUAAUGGAGAUGCUGAACUGAACAAUAUAUUUCUGUAUAACGGAGUAGACAGCCUGGUGAUGGUGAACUAUACAUGUCUUGUAAGGUCAUGACCUUUGCACCUGAUAGAGAUGUUCUUUCAAAUGGUUUGAAAAACUUCAUGACCUUUGAAUGUUUAAUUUACAGUAAGACUGCAUCUUUAGUAAUGUUGAUAAACUUCCAAGAUAGAUCUCAAACUUCGGAUUUGAGAUUUUAAGAUAUGCAGAUAAUGUUUGGUAUUCAAUAUGAAUUCAAGUACAUGGUACUUUGUUUCCUGUUGUGUGUAUAUUGUCUUAAUACUAUUUUAACUGCUGUACAUUUUUUAUGAGAGGGGGUCAAGUUUCCUUGUAUUACUUCAGGUAAAUUGUCAAAUGUCCUCUUUGCCAUUUGUGUGGACACUGAAUUUGUCUUUAUUUUUUGGAUAUGUGUUUUCUUGAAAAUUUAAAUUCUCGUUUUAUUUACUUGUCUAAACUGGCUAACAUUCCAAGGUUUUUAUUUAAUGUGGAGAAAUAAAGCUAUGGAAAAUGAUCAUGAUUUCAAUUUUUUGGUUUACCGGUAUUUGAAAAAGCAACAACAGUUCAAAGUGAUUCACAUUGGUAUUAAAUAGCUUAUAAAUGACUUAUUUCAGAUGAUCAGUAAGGCAGUGUCAGUUGUUUUGAGAAAUUGUAUCAAAGUAGUUUGCAAAAUGUUGUCCAUGCAAAAAACAAUGUCAGAUAGCAGUAAACAUGAGUACUGUAAGUCGGAAUGGGGGACCUUCACGGUUUCUGUGAUGUAGUUUGCCUGCCCCAUUCCUGGCAACUUGUAAAUGCUCAUGGGAAUCACGAUGAUUUUCAUCCUUUGUUUUGUAUGAUUUGUUCUUCUAUAUAAUCCUCUGUAUACACUUUGUUUUGCCGAAUAAAUAAUAAUAAUAAUAAUAAACAUAUCUUUGGCCAAUCAUGGUUGAUGACAUGUCACUCUUAGGAAGAUGUAAAAUAAUUGUAUGCAUGAAAUACUAAAUAACACAUAUUCUUGUACAGUGCCUGACUUACUUAUGGGAGAGUUAGGUCAGUGGUUUUUGUAUGUUUAUAAUGGAACAAUUUAUUGUGCUUGUUGCUUACUAAUAAAAUAAUCAAAAU